AUGGCUGGGAUCACCACCAGCUUCGCAUCGCAGCCCAUGCUGUCAUCCCGAACCACCACUUCCAUAACGACGCCGCCUCCGCUCUCACUCUCCUCCGCCGACUCCAAACACUUCGGCGGCCUCCUCCGUUUCAACAGCUCCUGUUUCAUAAAUUCCAGCUCUUUCAGCUCCCUCUCAUCCACCAGCAGCCGAAUCACCGCCCGUUUCGGCGGCGGGCCCCGAUACAACAAUUCCAGCAAUGACUCCCGGCGCUCACGGAAAGGCGACUCCUCCGACGAGGACGAGGCCCUCGAUAUCUCCAGUGUCAAGUCGAAUACUGUGCGGCUAAUCGACGCCAAGCAGAACAUGGUUGGAGUGGUGAGUAAAAGUGAGGCUAUUCGACUGGCUGACGAAGCUGAACUCGAUUUGGUAAUAUUAUCUGCAGAGGCCGAUCCUCCAGUUCUCAGGAUAAUGGAUUACAAUAAAUAUAGGUACGAACAGCAAAAGAAGAAAAGAGACCAGCAGAAGAAAAGUGCAGCGAGCCGCAUGGAUUUGAAGGAGCUCAAAAUGGGUUACAACAUUGACCAACAUGAUUACGCUGUGCGUUUGAGAGCUGCCCAGAAGUUUUUGAAAGAUGGUGAUAAGGUCAAGGUUAUAGUCAACUUGAAAGGCCGUGAAAAAUGGUUCCGUAAUAUUGCUGUUGAGCUUAUCCAAAAAUUCCAGAGUGAUGUCGGGGAGCUUGCAACAGAAGAAUCUAGACACUUCAGCGAAAAGAUGAUGACUAUGGUUUUAGUUCCCAACAAGGCUGUUCUGCAGAAACCUCAAGAACCACCAAAGAAAAAAGAAAGCCCGGCCGCGAAUGAAAUAUCAGCUAGUGUCUGAGUGGACUCCAAGUUUCAACCGCAGGUUUUAUAUAUAGCUGUUUUCUCGGUAGGAGGAAACGAAUAUGGCCAAAGGAAAGUGUAGGCGAUUGCAAUGCAUCAUCAAAUAGUCUUAAUCGAUUAUUUGGCCUGGUGCUGGGUGGUUGCUGUUGAAGCAGACGGAGUGGUCAAACCUGGGUACGCCUGCAUUAUUCAACGAAGAAAAGCGUCCAAAGCAUGUGCUCGGAAUUUGGAAUCGGGUCAUGUUCUGGUAAGCUGUAAUAUAUUUUGCUGGUCGAUUUUAUGUAGAAAAUUCGGGUAUUUUGCUGAUUUCUGUGUGUGUGAGAUGGGGAGGCUUCAACUCACCUACCUAACUGAUUCAAAAGUUGGCUUAGAACCCAAGUAUUCUCUUUGUCUCCCA